AUGUCUUCUACAUGGUCUAACAAUGUAUUACCUACACACAGAAUUAUAUUAUCAAGGAAAGUUAAUAUCAAUCAGACAAUUCCUUUCGCAAGGACAGGAAAGAUUGAAUUAACAUUCAGUUUCAAUAUAACAGAUCCAGAUUGUUUUGUUGAGAAUGUUAUUUUCAAGUUCAAUGUUUCUAAUCAUGACAUUUCUCGAUUAAGAAUUUACUUAGAAAGUCCAUCAGGAACAAAAAUCGAAUUGAUGAAACCGAGUAAAUUAUUCCGUACUACAUUCAUCAAAUCCGAUUUCUAUGCAUCAGAACCUCUUCAUCUUCUUUCACGAUGCUUUUUCGGAGAAAAAGUUGGUUGUGAUUGGAAAGUUACAAUUGUUGAUGGCUCAUUCUAUACUAAUAACCACAUAACAAGUGCUGUUCUUACUAUUGAGUACAUGGCAGAAUGUGAAAGUCUUCCACGUAUGAAUGAACACGAAGGUCAUCAUUCGGCAUUUGAAUAUACAUCAAAAGUAGACAAUAUCAAACUUCAAAUGAAUCAAACUGAAUUAGAAUGUGGUGUAGAAUAUCCAUUUUCUAUGAACGACGUCGGACACAAAAACAUAGUAUAUAUGUCUCUUGUUGAUCCGGAAACAAACUAUACACAUACAUUAGAAUAUACACCUAAUAAACCAAAUUACAAUUUGCGAAUUCCAUGUUACUACGAAGGAACACGCGAAUUCUAUAUAUCAGCACGAUCUUUUACACUUGAACAAGUUUCUUCAGUUCGUGUUCGUAUUACAAACAAAAAUUCUGUUUCUGGUUUCACGAUUCCUUCUGCAUACGAGAAUUUCAACAGCAAUCCUGCAACACCUACAUUCAAAAGUGUAACUGUCGUUGACAACAGACGGAAGUUUGUUCAAGCAGGAAUCUCAGACUAUUAUUUAAUUUCAUGGUACGACUUGGACACGAACACCAUUGAAUAUUCACGUGCUGUUUAUUCAAUAGAUAAAACUACUAUCCAGUUUGUUCCAGGAAUCAAGAAAACUGUUCAUGCUGUUCUUACUAUGGUUCCUAGCAACGCAGAAGAUGACGACCCUUGUUCAACAUAUAUAAUUCCGAUUUUGAUAUCGAAUGACACUCCACAAGACUCUAAAUUUGCAGUUCCUCUGAAUGAUUUCUGUCCAAUUCCAAACGGAGUCAUAACAAAACUUCCUAUUACGCCAACACCAAGCAGUAAGAACUUCUUCAAGACAGCAGGAGGAAUUUCUGUCAUUAUUGUUAUUAUUAUCGUUCCUGUUUCUAUCUCAAUUGGAAUCUUUUUCUUCUACAGAUCUCGGAAAAUGCCCAAAGUUAGAUCUGCUUUAUCCGAUCAACUUCUUCUUUAA